GAUUCUUCCUCACUUCCUCUCUUCUUCACUCUCCAUCAUCCGCCGUUCACUGAACCAUUCACUGUCGUUCCGCCGUUCACUUGCAUUGCACUCACUUUAAAAAUUUUCUCAUUCGCGUACCCUCACAAGAGGGUUUCUCUCGUCUCCAUCAUCGAAGGCUCUCGCCACAGUUCAAGCGUUUUUGUUCCGGCCAAACAGUGAUUCGACCCGUGGAGGUAGGAGCUAACCGAGGUAGAUGUGGUUGAUGCUGCAAGUGUAGCUGCGUGUUCGUUCCCCUUUCGAAGUAAGGGUUUUUGUUUCGUAAUUACUCUCUGAGGAAAAUAGGGUAGAUAUUACAGCAAAUUCUCUUCAUCCAGGAGCAAUUAUAACCAAUAUUUAUAAGCCAGAGAUUAUUGGCGCUGUGCCAACAGUCAAGGGGUUCAACUCGGGAUGGUACUGGAGUUCACGACAGCGUAGUAAAUCAGCUUCUGAUUAAGGGAUUGUGCAAUUGCAAUGGAGCUCUCAGAAGAAUGGAAAUCAUUCUUCCCAGUGGGUUGCUCUACAGUAGCUCCUCUUCUUCUCUCCGGUUCCCCUUCUCUCCCUUUGGGUCCUCUUCUCUUCAACCCUAACCCUAAUUCGCUCUCCCUUAUCUUCUCUUCCACCUCUCUGCAACCCUCUCUUCACUACACUCCAUACCUCUUACCUUCACGAUUUCUUCUCUCUUCCCACCCUUCUUCCAUUCUCCCAUCCACCGCUUCUUCCAUCGCCUCCCUCUUCUCCUCCACCCAACAAAACAACGCCGCUUCCCCCUUCCUUCGCAACCGCCUCCACCUCCUCACCUACCCCCAUCGCCCUUAUGCCCUCAUUUUAUUUCCCACCGGCGACAACGACCACAAGCUCGCAUUUUUCACGCUCCGCUUCGAGGACUCUCGCUUCCAUACUCAGCUUGAUACUAAUGGCGACAUUUUUUAUGCGUCUACUGGCUCCUCGCACCGUAUCUUGAACAUUUCUGUUAACCCUGUUACUGAUUAUGACGAGGUUGAUGGAGUUAUCGGGUAUUUUCUGGCUACUACUCUGUAUUCCGUUCAUUGGUUCGUUGUGAGGCACAAUCAAAUUUUGGAUAGACCUAGUGUGCUCUGUUUGGGUGAUAAGAUGUUUAAGUCAUGCCCUGUGGCGCAUGCUUGUUGGAGUCCUCAUAUAUUGGAGGAGAGCUUGGUUUUGUUGGAGAGUGGCCAUUUGUUUUUGUUUGAUUUGGAGUGUUUUGGCUCUGGUGCUGGUUUCAAGGGGUCUAGGUUGAAGGUGCCCUGGAAUGAUUCUUCAGAGGGUAAAGUGUGGCUGAGUUGUGAGUUUAGUUGGCACCCCAGGAUUUUGGUUGUUGCGCAUUCGGAUGCUGUUUUCUUGGUUGAUUUGAGGCUGAAAGAGUGUAGUGUGAGUUGUUUGAUGAAUAUCGAGACACUGCGAAUGUAUGCUCCGGAUGAGAAUGAGCGGUUUCUUGCGUUGUCAAGGGCUGCUCCGGACAAUUUUUACUUUGCUGUGGCUUCUACUAGUGUUUUGCUUCUAUGUGAUGUGAGGAAGCCUUUGGUGCCGAUUUUGCAAUGGGUGCAUGGGAUUGAAGGGCCUAGCUUCAUGUCUGUAUUAAGGUUGUCAGAUUUGAGGUCCCACUCGAAGGAGGAUGAUUUUAAGGUGGCUUCUGAAUCUGGGUUUUGUAUUAUGUUAGGAUCCGUUUGGAAUUGUGAUUUCAAUAUCUUCUGCUAUGGGUCUAUAUUACCAUUUCGCAAAGGGUCUGUUACUUCAACGAUUAACCCAGCCAUUUGUGCUUGGGAGCUUCCACUUGAGAUUAAUUUGUCUGGUCAUGAGUGUCACUGUGGAAGUUGUCUCUUAAGGAAAGAGUUCUCGAAGGAUGCACUUCCUGAGUGGACUGAUUGGCAGCAAAAGAAAGAGAUAGUUUUGGGAUUUGGCAUUUUAAGGAAUAAACUUGCUGCAUUACUCACUGAACCUGAUGAAAAUGGGGGUUUUACACUGAUAAGGCUUACUUCAUCGGGAAAGUUUGAAUUGCAGAGAUAUCAUGCCUCUUGGGCUCCGACCAGAAACUUAGAAGAUUGCCCUGAUCAAGUAUUGUGUUUAAAUAGACACUUAUUGUAUCCCAUGAGUGAUGAGGAUUACAAAUUUCCAAAAAAUUAUAACUACCUAAAAUUGGAUUACCUUGACUCAUAUGCAAGUGGUGGACUCACUCGCUUCCUGGUUAGAAAACUAAAAAGAAACUUUAAGGAUGCUCAUGACAAAGAACCUUUUAGCGCAGAAGUGCAUGAGUUAUUGUGUGAGAAAUUAAAUGCUUGUGGAUUUGGUCAACUAAGAUCCUGUCCUGAAGUUACUUCUGUUUUUAAUGAUGUCAAGCUACCAGCAAGCUUACAUGAGGUUGCUUGGAGAAGAAUGUGGGCUGACUUACCUAUGGAACUGUUGCAGUUGGCGUUUUUGAGUCGUGCUGAAUGCCAUAAAGUUAUUGGAAACCUGGAUCACAAUAGGGUGGCAUUGGAGUCUUUAGCUGUUCCCGAACUUCCUCAAUUGCCUCCAUUCUUUUCAAGGAAAUCAUCACCGCACGGCAAUAAUGACAUUGUGGGUCCAGUUAUUCCUUUUCCUGUUCUUCUUGUGCUUAAUAAAUAUCGCAAUGGGUGCUCAAACUUGGAAGAAGGUGAAAUUUCAGUAGAAACAGAGCUUAGCCUCAAAUACAAAGAAGUUAUGCAGGUGGCUGGCGAGAUUGCUGUCUCAGCUUAUGGGCCUACACACCUUGAUGAUCAUGCAGUCUCCCUUGCUGAGGAUAGAGACGAAACCUGGGCUGGAUAUUCGAAACCAAAGUCUUUUUUGUUAUACCGUCCAGUUUCAUUCAACUUGUCUGCAGCCGACCAUGUACGUGAAAAGUCUGUUUAUAGUGACGCAAAUUAUGAUACAUUCAUUUCUCAUAUCCCAGAGAAGAAGUCCACUGAGCAGACUGAAUCUGUUGGCCAAGAGAUAUUUGAUGAUCUUUCCCCUGUUGAAUUGAGAUUUGAUGCUCCUGCGAAGAAGCUCGAACCUCUAGGUUUAAAGGCAUAUAAUCUAUUGAAGAGACAGAUGUCUAAAUGGCAACAAAGUUUUGAUUCGUAUAAGGAAUUUUGUAUUCAAUCUAGAUUUGAAAAAAAAUAGUUAACGGGUGAUCCCUCCUUUGUUCAUCGUCUUCCCCUUAAAACGUGGAUAUCUUAGAAGCAAAUGGAUCCCCUCCUCUUCCUAUAUGUUGCUUUUGGUUGAUUCUUGGAGACAGGUAUGGUUGGUGUAAUUUUAUGUAAGUAAUUGACAAUUAAAGAUGGUAGAGUUGAAGAAGAUGCUCCUGGUGAAAAGAGUCUCUUGUCAAUUUGAAGAGGAAGUAGGCAGCUAGUUCUCAAAAACUCUAAUCUAUUUGGCCGAUUUUAUACUGCUUCCUCCCAUCAUUCUUAGUCUGUAUAGGGGAAGAUGAUCUUCUUUUGUGGCUGGUUUACUUAGUGAACCUAAAAGGAGUUUAUCCUCUGCUUCCCCUCAAGAUGAUUCAGGAAUUGACAGAAGUACAGUCUAUCAAUUAUUUAUUGCUCAUACAAGAAUGAUAUUCUGUCUAAGCAACAUCGGUAUAGAUUUUAAAUCCUGUCUGGGUGAAUCUGAUAUUCACUCUUUGUGAUACAAGGCUCAUUAAAACAAGGAAGCAACGGGGUACCCAUCAUUCAAGAUAACAUCAAAUCCUUUUCUAAAAGGUGUCAUAAGGGAGAAAGAAAUAAGCAAUAUCCAGUGAUUUAUGCAUCUAAACACCUUUUCAGGACGUGGAUACAGUGAUCUUCCCCAAUGUCUAUCUAGUCUUUCCAUGAGUCCUUGCUGAUUAUGAGAGUGGAAAUCUUGUUUUGUCCAACCCAAAAACAAUUCACAGGCUUUAUUAACCAGUGCACUGCCAGACUCCUGAGGGUGAAGAUCAGUUUAGAAAAUGCAUGAGGAAUUCUUGGCCCGGUGUUGCUGGGAAGGGAAACACCUCUUAUGUGAAGGAAUUGAUUCUAUAAUUUUGUACACUCCCCAGUUCUUGGAGAAUCAAUCAACUCUUGAAUUUGUAGAGAAAACAGUCCGGCAAGAAGGCCAUCCUGUUGAAAAUGCUGGGGAUGCUGCCCUACCUCCAUGGGCCAAAGGUAGCCCUCGAGAGUUCAUCAGUAAGCAUUGGGAAGCUCGUGAUCCAGACUUUCUCAGAAAAUUUGCAUCACUGGAUAGACCUUAUUUUUGGAUACAAGCAAAGAGUGAAAGAAAGAUACAUUGAAAUCCUUAGCAGAAUCUUCUUGCAGCACACAUGUAAAUUUACAUGGAGGUAAUCAAAUUCAGUACAAGUUAAUGCUACAUUAUUUGUAACAGUAAAUGAAAGUGAUGCACUUCUUUUGGGUAUAUACACUUGAUCAGAAGAAAUUACCAUUAAGUUUAGCUACUCGUAACACACUUCAUCUUGAUUACUUGAGUUCUACAAGCUCAAUAUUCAAAUGUC